AGUAAGAAUAGUGAUGUGAAAGAUAUAAAUAGACGUAUAAGGUAGUGUUGUGAGGGUGAGUGAUGAGUGAUGGCUGAAUCUGACAACGAAUCAGGAGGUGGAAACAAUGAAUUGGGAGGGUGCAGAGAGCAGGACAGGCUCCUUCCCAUAGCGAACGUGAGCAGGAUCAUGAAGAAGGUGUUACCAGGCAACGCCAAGAUUUCGAAAGAAGCAAAAGAGACGAUGCAAGAGUGUGUGUCAGAGUUCAUCAGCUUCGUGACAGGGGAGGCAUCAGACAAGUGCCAGAAAGAGAAGAGAAAGACAAUCAACGGUGAUGAUCUUCUGUGGGCCAUGACCUCACUCGGCUUUGAAGACUAUGCUGAGCCCCUCAAGGCUUACCUCCACAAGUACAGGGAGAUCGAAGGGGAAAAGACUGCUAUGAUUGGGAGGCAUCAACAUGCUACUACUGCUUUUUAUGCAAACCCACUAUAAUAAUCAUCAUGCCUCUUCUAUACUUAUUAUAUCUUUCAUUUCACACUUCACACUCACACUACACCACUUUCUUCUUUCUUCUUUCUUCUUUCUUCUUUCUUCAGAAUAUUGCCAAUUAUUCAUGUACAUAAGGAUUCAGGAUCUUUAUAGUAUAGCUGAUAAUUGCUGCAAAUAUUUCCUCACUUUUUUCUACUUUUUCCAUUUCUCCUAGUACUUGCUGCUUUGCCAAGUACUGAUAUGGUUUCCCAAAUUGGCAACUAGAUAUAAUCAUAAAUUUAUGACUAAAGUUAAUUUGUGCA